GUGCGCAGUUCGCUUGUUUUGUUUACGAAGAUGGCUGACGAUCUGGCCGCCGGACCCUCGCGUGAACGACGUCUUUCUGGCAAUUCUGUCGCAUCUGCAAUUGAUUAUUCUGCUGUUUCUAGCAGCAGUGACUCUGAGGAUAAUAUCGGAUCGUCAGAUUUUAGUUCUGACGAUGGAGAUUCGCAAAACCUGCCCGGAUCGUCGUCAGCUGUUCGGCGUGUCUCUACAGUAUAUGGUGGAGAUCUGCUGCCAUCAGCCCAGCAGAGAGUGGCGUUUAGCCCAAGAAGAGAACCAGGCCUUGACCUCGGAAUGGUGCUGCGCAGUGAAGCAAAGCGGCUCACAAAAGCGAUCGACGUUUUUGUGAUGUUUUUCACAGCGGAGGUAGUAAAUAGGAUUUGUGUGAACACAAAUAAAUAUGCGUGGACGCAAAUCCUGAAGAAGCAGUCCUAUGCCGAGGCUGAUGGUUCGUGGAAAGAAGUGACGGCCGCGGAGAUGAUGAAAUUCAUUGGCCUGCUGAUCUAUAUGGGCAUCGUCGAGCUGCCACGGCUACAUCUCUACUGGAGCAGAGGCUCCUUGUUUCCGGGUUUCGUUCCUCCCAAAAUAAUGUCGAGAACGCGUUUUUUUGCUCUUCUGGGUAUGAUCCAUGUCUCGGACCCUGACGAAGAAAGCGGACGAAAGUUGGAUAAAAUUUCUUGGCUGCUUGAGCACAUGAAUGAGCAUUCAGCGAAAUUUUUCCAGCCACGGAAAAGCCUUUCGGUGGAUGAAAGGAUGGUAAAGUCGAAAGCACGAUCGGGAAUUCGCCAAUAUAUCAAGGACAAAGUUGUGAAGUGGGGUUAUAAGUUGUGGGUGCUUGCUGACCCUCAGACAGGCUACACCAUACAAUUUUAUGUGUACACGGGCAAGCGAGAGAAAGCAAGCGCCAAUGGCCUAGCUUUUGACGUCGUUACAAAGCUGUGCGAGCCAUAUCUGGACCAGGGCUACCAUAUCUAUAUGGACAAUUUUUACACAUCCACAGCUCUGUUCCUGCAUUUGCUGAAAAGGUGUACGCUGGCUUGCGGCACAACAAGGAAGGAUCGCCGUGGAUUUCCGCAACAGAUGAAAGACAGCAGCUGGGAGAAGAAGGCUGAAAGAGGAAACAUUCGUUGGUUGAGAGAAAGUGGCGUUUUGUACCUGCAGUGGAAGGAUCGGCGAGUAGUGAACAUGAUGAGCACCAUCCAUACAGCCAACAACCAUGUGAUUGCAAAGCGUCGGGUGAAAAAAGAUGGGAAGUGGCAGGAAAUAUCUGUGCAAAAGCCAAAGCUCGUUGAUGAAUACAAUGCUGGUAUGCUUGGCGUCGACAAGUCCGACCAAAUGAUUGCGUCGUAUAACGUGCUCAUCAAAUGCGUCCGAUGGUGGAAAACUCUGUUUUUCCACUCAGUUGACAUUGCUUGUGUCAACAGCUAUGUCAUUUUUCAAGCUCAUCGCCAGCAGCAUGCCGGAGCAUCUGAGCUGCUAAGACCAUCAAACUUUGACCAGCUGGCUUUCCGAAUGGAGCUCGCCCAGCAACUUCUCGAUCUUGAGGAGAGGCCACAGGUUCGCACACCUCCUCAAACCAGGUCCACCCAGCACAAGCCAUAUAGAUUGGAGAAGCGGAGAAGAUGCAAGAAGUGCUAUGAGGACAACAAACUAGACCAUAAAACAAAUGUCAUCUGCAAAACCUGCAAUGUUUGCUUGUGCUUCACUACAGCCAGAAACUGUUUUGCCCAGUACCACGCCAACCUUAGGAAUUGAAUUUUUUCACAACUUAGAGCUUUGAGAUAGGUUCUAGAGCUUGUGGCUACUAUUAGACAUUGUAAUGUGAAGCUAUAUUUGUUGAUUACACAUUUACAACUUUUUUUUAUGGUAAAGGCAUACCUUACGCUGUUUUGGUGCAGUGUUCAGAGUUAUGUUUCGUGUUUGAGAUUUUUUUCCCGAGUUCCUAUUCAGCACAAUUUUUUAAAAUGCCCAUGGUUCAACAGCUCAUUUAUCUAUUUAUUUAGUAACAUUCAUUGCAUUGUUCUGUUUGAAAAAUUUGUAGAGGAAAAAAAUAUAAUUGUGGUACUAGAUGGAACAAGGCAGUUUCCACUAGGCAGAAAAAAAAAUUUGUAACUCAUAUGAUUUAUGACCUAGGCAGCUCAAACUUUCUUCUUUUAUAGACCAUUGAUUUGAAAGCAUUUUGUAUAUUUCAGAUUAUUUUUCUUUUUUUCUGAUUUUGUGUUAUAAGCACCGAAUUAGAAAUGUUCUAUGCAAUUUUCAAUAAAUCUUGUUUUUCAAGAAUAUUA